AUGAUUCAUAAGACUCUGGAUGAUCUGGAUCAAAUGCUGAUGCAGUGCUGGAGAGCCAGCUUAGACUGUGUAGAUACAGACAGUACCCACCCCGGCCGCCGGCGGCACCUCGGCGUCGCUGAGGAGACCCACGAACCGCUGAAUCGCUCGCGGGCACAGCGAACAGAGCCCCGGGGAGCUGGAACUGGCGUUAGAGGAGCUGGCGCUGCUGGCGGCCGGGGAACGGCCGUUGACCCCGGAGAGCAUCCUCAGGACAGGCCCGGGCCUCUAGCCGACGUGGCCGGACUGCAGCCGCCGCCGCCGCCGCCGCCGCCCGCCCAGGAUACCGAGCUGCUGUCGGUGAUCCGGCAGAAGGAUCUGGUGUUGGCGGCCCUAGUGGGCAAGGCACUGCUCGAAAGGAACCAGGACAUGAGCCGGCAGUACGAGCAGAUGCACAAGGAGCUGACAGAUAAGCUGGAGGUCCAACUUUCUCUCUUAUUCUCCAUUGUCCCUUGUCUGUGGACUCACUGCCAGGAAUGGAACUGACGAAAGCAAAGUAUCCUUAGAGGGAAGAAGAAUGAAGCAGGGAGAGGAACUAAGCAAGCAAAAUGUAACAUCUUUUCAGGAUGCUGCAGAGGGAAGAGAUGUGAACACUUUGACAUGAAUAAACAUUGUCCUCCCACUGUGCUGAGAU